CAGGACCAUCGUCGAGAGAGUUGAGCUGCUUAGAACAUCAGAACCUCAGUGACGUCAGGCACGAGUCUGGUUGUCGGAGUUCAAUUUCCGGCAGUGCUCUGAACUCACAGUGCCGUAUCCAGAAAUAGCAAAGUAUUCCCACGAAGCCAGGGCAACGCUGAGCGGUAUGACCCGACGCUCAUUCCUUCCAUCCUCCGCUGUCAUCAUCACCGUGUAAUAAUGGCAUUCCUAGGUCUUCGUAAAUGGCCCACUCCUGUCUUCAAGCCCUUGUGGCCAUUCAUCACCGCUGGACUGGUCACUAUCUAUGGCGUAUCCCAAAUCCAGGAUUCGGCGGUUAGAUCGCCGGCAUAUGCUGAGGACCCCAAAAACCCGUAUGCGGCCAGGAUAGCAAAGGAGAAGGCGAUUGCUCACCACUAGUAGAAGGCAGUUUGCGGACAAUAAAGCUUACUUUCGGUUGAUCUGUUAUCCGUCAUUUUCCAG